GGACCUCCUUGGUCUUGCUGGUGUUCAGAACAAGGUUGUUAUCUGAACUCCACUGAAUAAGGUGCUGGAUCUUCUCUCUGUAGUGGAUCUCUUCAUUGUCCUAUAUGAAACGGUCGUGCUAUCGGCAAACAUCCAUCCAUCCUCUAUUCUCCACUUUAUCCUCACUAGGGUCAUGGGGGGUGCUGGAGUCUAUCCCAGCUGACUCUGGUGAAGGCAGGGGACACCCUGGACAGGUCACCAGUCUGUCACAGGGCUACAUAUACAGACACACAAUCACACUCACAUUCACACCUACGGACAAUUUAGAGUAACCAAUUAACCUCAGCAUGUUUUUGGACUGUGGGAGGAAGCCGGAGUACCCGGAGAAAACCCACGCAUGUACAGGGAGAACAUGCAAACUCCAUGCAGAAAGAUCCCAGGCCGGGAUUUGAACCGGGAUCGUCUUACUGCAAGGCGACAGUGCUAACCACUACUACACUGUGCAACUUAUUAUAAUUAUUUUUAUUUUUUUUUAUUUUUAUAUUUAUUUUGUUUGUGUGUCUGUGUGUGUUUUCAGAGGACAAACUGGAGCAACAACAUUCACUCUUUACUCAGUACAGAGAUCCAUGCCGCCUCGGACCUGGAGAGGAUAAACCCUGGGCUCUGGGAACUCUGCUGGAGCCCAGCGGUCUGUACGAUGACGACGUCACCUCACCUGAGAGUUUGCAGAAGCUGAUGGAGAACGAGGAGGGCAGGAAGGAGUACCUGGUGUUUCCUCCCAGUAAAACUCCGUCCAGCAGUCAGAAGGGCAGAAAGAUUCCUCUGAGGGGCAAUGGUAGGAGGAUCGACUACCUGCUGUAUAGCGAUGAGGGUCUGCAGCCGGACUGGAAGCUGGACAUCGAGGAGUUCAGCUUCGUCACCCAGCUGGCCGGCCUCACCGACCAUCUGUCCGUGGCCAUGAGGUUGGCGGUUUCCACCGGAGAGGACGAGCCGUAGGACCUCCACCGAUGGACCAACACAAAUACUGCCAAGGAGAGAAGAAGA